AUGCCGCUUAUUGCACAGAACCCGCUCCCCCGAAUCAUCCUCGGAUGCAUGACCUUCGGGCCCAAUGAGGCCGCGGGUGCCCGAAUUACCUCCCUGGACGAGUUCAAUCGGUGUCUGGACUAUUUCCAGCAGCAGGGAUUCAACGAGAUCGACACUGCUCGCAUCUAUAUCGAUGGAGAGCAGGAGGCAUUCACGGCCAAGGCCAAUUGGAAGCAACGCGGCCUAACCCUUGCAACCAAGUGGUACCCCAAGAAGGCUGGGCAGCACAAGCCCGCUGUCCUGCGUGAGCAUCUCGAGCUAUCCCUAAAAGAGCUUGACACCAAUCAGGUCGACAUAUUUUACCUGCAUGCUCCAGAUCGUGCGACACCCUUUGCAGAGACUUUGGAAGCUGUGGACGAGCUGCAUAAGGAGGGCAAGUUCAUCCAGUUGGGUCUGAGUAACUAUACGGCCUUUGAGGUGGCGGAAAUUGUAACUCUUUGCAAUGAGCGUGGCUGGGUUCGGCCUACGAUUUUCCAGGCCAUGUAUAAUGCUAUCACCCGUAAUAUUGAAGUUGAAUUGGUCCAUGCCUGCCGUCGCUACGGCUUGGACAUUGUCAUCUACAACCCUCUCGCUGGUGGACUUUUCUCUGGCAAAUACAAGACAAAGGAUGUCCCCGAAGAAGGCCGGUUUGCUGACAACAGCGGCACGGGUAACAACUACCGCAACCGUUACUUUAGAGACACAAAUUUCGAGGCUUUGAGCAUUAUUGAGCCCGUGGUUGCUAAGCAUGGCCUGACGCUUGUCGAGACGGGUCUACGCUGGGUCCGCCAUCACUCCAUGUUGAACAUGGAUAACGGUGGCCGUGACGGUGUUCUGGUCGGUGUGAGCAGCUUCGGUCAACUCGAGACUAACCUUCGGGACCUGCAGAAGGGGCCACUUCCGGAAGAGGUGGUGGAAGCUUUGGAUAAGGCAUGGUUGGUUGCCAAGGCUUCUUCUCCUAACUAUUGGCAUCUGGAUCUGAAGUACAGUUAUAACACCCAGGAGGCAUUGUUCAAGCCUAAGCCUAAGGCUUAG